AGAGAUUGCGGCCAUGAUACGUCGUACAGUGGUUCAUCAGGGCAUCAGGGCCAGGUCCAGCCUGGCUGGGGUCCAGGUUAUCUCCAAGAACCUGGAUCCGGCAGCUGCCAGCUCCUCGUACAUGGAGCAGCUGGAGGGGGAGUGGAGUACAGCGAAGCCCUUCGAAGAGAUCCCCGGUCCGACACGCUGGCAAUUGUGGCGAGGCUUCCAGAAGGGCGGGGAGUUCCAUCACCUGGAUAUGGCCAAGCUAAUGGACCUUUAUCGGUCGAGAUUUGGGGACAUGGUUAGGGUGCCGGGCCUGUUCGGCAUGCCCACCACUGUGUUCACCUUUAAGGUGGAGAACUUCGAGCGGAUCUACCGCACCGAGGGACAGUGGCCAGUGAGAGGGGGAGCCGACCCAGUGCUGCACUAUCGAGCAAAUCGCAAGGAUGGAUUCUUCAAGGACUGCGUUGGACUGUUCAGCAAUGGUCCGGAGUGGGGCCGUCUGCGCAGCGCGGCGAACCCUGUGCUGAUGCAGCAUCGGAAUGCUAACCUCUACUUGGAGCCGAUGCAGCGCGUCAACAACCAGUUCAUAGAUCGCAUCAGGGCCACGCGGGACAAGGAGUCACUGGAGAUGCCUGGAGACUUCCUCGAUACCAUAAACACACUGACCUUUGAGUCUGUGGCUGUGGUGGCCUUGGACCGGGAGCUCGGCCUUUUGCGGGACUCCGAUCAAAAGCCAGAGGCCAAAGAGCUCUUCAGGAACAUCAAGAUCUUUCUGCAAUCGUUCUUCGAUCUGGGCAUCAAGCCGUCGGUGUACAAGUACAUCAGCACGCCCACGUACCGAAAAUUCAGUCAGGCGUCGGAUGCGAUCUUUGACACCUGCUCGAUGUACGUGAACGAGGCUGUGGCACGGAUAGAUGGCCAGUCGGCCGCGGAGCGGGAGGGCCGAAGGAGUAUCUUGGAGCAGCUGCUGCAAAUCAAUCGGAAGUUCGCUGUAGUCAUGGCCAUGGACUUGCUCUUUGGCGCAGUGGACACAACCACCUCGGCCCUAGCUGGAGUCCUUCUGAGCCUGGCGAAGAAUCCCAAGCAGCAGCAAAUGCUGCGCGAGGAGAUAGUGUCCAUGCUGCCCCAGCCGGACCGCCAGUUCACGCUGGCCGAGAUGAAAUCGCUUCCAUACCUGCGUGCCUGCAUUAAGGAAUCGAUGCGCAUGUUCCCCGUCACCUUCGGCAAUAUCCGAUCUGCGGGAACAGAUGUCGUGCUGGAUGGCUAUCGCAUACCCCAGGGCACGAAUCUCCUGAUGCUCUCCAGUAAUAUGCUGCGCGACGAACGCUUCUAUCCCCGACCCAACGAAUUUCUGCCAGAGCGAUGGGCACGCCCCCAGGACGACAACAGCGCCGAGUCGCCUCUCCGAAAUAAUUUGAAUCCAUUCGUCUACCUACCGUUUGGCUUUGGGCCCCGCAUGUGUGUGGGCAAGCGCAUAGUGGACCUCGAAAUGGAGCUGACCGUGGCCAAUCUGGUCCGAAACUUCCACAUAGAGUUCAACUACCCCAUUGAGAAUGCCUUCAAGCGCUCCUUCCUAAACAUGCCAAACAUCCCACUGAGAUUUAAAUUCACCGAUGUUAACUAUUCAUAAAUAACACUAAUGAGCAAUGCAUUUUCAAAAAUGGCUGACAUA